AUGGCUAUCUGUUGGGCCAUUUGGAAGGCUCGUAAUGCAAUGGUUUUUGAGCACAAGACCAUUGAUAUUCAGGGAACUCUGGAAAUUGCUCUAUACUGGUACAAUCUUUUCUUCAACUUUACGGAUGACGAGGAAGUUCAGAUAUCGGAGAACAACCAAGCAGUUGACAAUACUUCAUGGAAAUCCCCUAGUCAUCCUUACAUCAAGAUCAAUGUUGAUGCCACUUGGAAAAACGGUGUAUAUGCUUGUGCAGCAGCGGUGAGAGACUGUAAUGGCAUCUGCUGUGUUGCAGGAUCAAGAGUGGGAAGGACUGACUCAGUGGUUUAUGCUGAAGCUGACAGUUUUAAGCUAGUCGCUGACCUAGCCAUCUGGCUAAAUGUGAACCAUAUCAUUGUUGAAGGUGACAGCCAAGUACUUGUGAAGAGCUUAAAUGGUGAAUUGAGAAAAGUCCCGUGGAAGAUUUGGAGAUUGAAGAAGACAUCACAAGCAAGAUGA